CAAAGAUGGCGUCCGUCGAGACAAUCUCCGCUUCUGGAGAAAUUUCUCCUCGUUUACAAAAGCUUCUUCGAGGAGUGUCCGAUGAACUCAGCCCCGAAGAACUAGGGCAUGCUGUAUCGUCCAUAAAAACUAAUUUUAGGGGCAAGUUUGAGGAUCAAGGAGAACAAGAUUUGUACUCAUGCCUCCAAUUAUUUGCUCAGCAGGGUCUUGUAUCGGAGGACAAUCUGACUUUGUUGGAGGGGUUUCUAAGCCCGAAAACGUCCAAGAAAAAGUCGCUAAAGGAAAAAAUUCAACAAUUUAAGGAAAACCGCCAACAAGAGGUCAGUCCUGGAAAGGGAGAAUCAGGUUUGACCGGCAGAGAACGUGACCUAAAGGAAGUUAUGGCAAUGUUGACAACGGGGAGUUCGUGUGUUGUCAAUUUGCAUGGAAUUAGUGGUGUAGGCAAGACGAAAUUGGCCAUGGAAACCAUUUCGAAGUGGCCAGGGAGGAAAUUCAAGGCUGAUUUUAGAGACAUCACAGAGAUGGAAGACGUUCAUUUUCACGUUUUAAACGCUUUAGCACCAGACAAAACGAUCAUAAGCUUCGAAGCAAAUCCAGUAGUUGAAUUAAUGCAACAGUUAAGGCAGGCAGAGCAACACAGUGACAUUUUGCUGCUCCUUGAUAACGUCGAUAAAUUUGCAGGAGGAGAUGAUGAAGCUUCUACCUCCCUUAAUGCCAAUUUUGUGACGUUUCUGCAAGAACUUCUAGGUCCAAAGGAUUAUCCGGGGAAAUCGAAAUUGAAGAUUUUGUUGACAUCAAGAUCAACACUUCGUCACGCAAAGUUGGCCAACGUUGACAAUUACGAAGUUAUGGCCUUAGAGAAAGCUUCAUCAAGUGCUCUAUUCCAAAGUCAGAGAAUUGGCAGCGUUCGAGAGGAUCAGAUAGAGAAACUACUGCAGAUAUGCCAAGGGAAUCCCCUUAUCAUAAAAGGAAUGGCAGCAAUAUUGAGGCAACAAAUAGCAGAUGACACCAGGAUUCUGGAAACGAUUGAGCAGCCACUAACAGCCAAGCCACAAGAAUCGGGAAUACCACCAGCAGAGGAGAGUGGAGAGAGAGACGUAUUCGACUCUGAAAAGGAAGGCAUUGAUAAAGAGCAAGAAAGCUGUUUGAGAAAAAUGUUUUUCUUCUUGCCAAGUAAACAGUUAAAAGAUUCUGCCAUUUCGAUGUCACUGUUCUGUCGCUCUGUCUCUGUCGAGGCAGCAGCCGAAGUCCUUGAAGUGGACUCGUCAGAAGCUGUUAUACAACUAGAAGGUCUCAGGAAUAGUGAAGUGCUAACGGUAGACCCUGACGUGAAAGAACUCACAUAUGACAUCCACCCUUUGGUGCGAACAUUUCUGAGAAGCAUCGGUAGUAACCAAAAGAAGUUCGUCAAAGUUUACGAGAAGGCAAAAGCCAGGUUUUGUAAAUAUUUCAUGUCCAAAAUGGUAGACAUUUCCAAGCUUUUGGACAAAGACUACAUGAAUGCCUUCGAUAAUUUUGAUCUUGACAAACCAAACUUUGAACUUACUUUGGAUAUUUCUUUCAAGUCAGACCAUCUUCUUAUCCCAAAAGAGCAUCGUGGAAGUGUUAUGAUCUUUUAUCUCUUCGAGGCCAUGCUUGACGUAAAAGCAAGGAAGAAAAUUUUUAAUUGCUGGGCCGAAAAGGUCAAGGAAGAUGGAAAGGAAGGUUCCUUGCUUCGAGCAGAACUAAAAUGCCACGAAACAUUGAUGGUUCUUAAACUUGAGGGAUGGCAGAGAGCAUUGACAGUCGCGAGGAGAGCGAAAGAGUUACUUAGCAAAGUGCAGAAGGAAAUUAAGAGCAAAGAAUCCUUUAGGUUGACCAAGAGUUCCUACCUGUUCUCUAAGGGUGAAGUUUAUUACAGAGCUGGAAAUAUGGCCAAAUCACUGAGGAUUUUGCACAAGGCGCUGAAGAUAAUGGAAAAUGUACUUCACAGCCACACAAGCACUUCAAGGUGCUUAAACGCCAUUGGAAACUGCCACAACAAGCUAGGAGAACAUGACGAGGCCAUAAAGUACUACAUGAGAGCAUACGAUAUGAGACAACAGCUUUCUGGCUCAAUGAAACAUUUUGACAUGCCCCUCUUCAAAGGACAGAUCGGGACGGUUUAUGAAGGAAAGAAACAAUUUGAAAAGGCAAUCGAAUUCUACAAAGAGGCCAUAGAGCUCGCUAAGGAGCUAAAAAUCCCGGGCAUGCUGAACACUGCUCUGUUCAAUCGAAACAUUGCUAACGCGUACUGUUGGUUGCGAAACUUUAAAGACGCUUACCAACCUGCAAAGAACGCUUACGAGAUCCGGAAGGUCAUUUUGGGAAGGCACCCUGACACUGUUCGAAGUGCUUUCCAAAUUGCGGAGAUUUGUGGAGACUUGGAGGACUCUGACGAAGCGAAAAAGUUUUAUGAGGAAGCAUGGGAGAUUGAGAAGUCUCUGGGCCAAGGAAACCACAGCGAGGUCAUGGUCAGCAUCGUUGAGAGGUACGAAGCGAUUCUUCGCAAAGGAGAGAGGAAAGAUCAGUUUCGACAAGAAGCAUUCGACUUUUUUCUUCGUCACUGGGACGAAGAAAGAGCCUUCGAAGGGUUUGAAUUUUCACUGGCCAACAAGAGAAUUAUUGAUUUAGUAAAAAAAAGGCUUGGUGAAUUUGGCGACCGUCAAACACAGGAGAGAUACCAAAAAGAAGCUCUAUGGUUUUAUGAAGGCGCUUGGAAUUCACCGGACACGAGAAAGUUACCAGAUAUCAAGAGAGAGGAAAUUCUGCAAACUCUCUGUGAGCUCUGUGCACAGCUUUCCGAGAAAAGUAAGGGCGAAAAGUACAGUAACGAAGCCUUUCGAUUUUAUGAAGAGAAAUGGAAAAGAAAGAGGGAAGGAAUGUCAGAGCACCACAGAAUCGACAUUCUCACUAACCUUGUAAAAAUGGCUACAUCACAGAUGAAAGAGAGGAAGAAACAGAAGUAUGAGAGUUUGUUAAAGGGAGCCAAACAGAGCGGAACUUUGAUGGGAACCGUGAAAGGAUUUCUUUCUCAUGGAGCAAAAGAAGCUGAACAGCUGUUCAAUGAGGACGAUGACGGUGACAACGAAGUUGACAUUCCUUCCGAUGAUGAUGAUGAUGAUCACGAUAGUUCCGAUGGUAGCGAAGAGAUUCCAGAGGCUAGUCAGCAAGUGCAACGACUAGCAAUUCAAGAAGAAGAUGACGAAGAGUUAAAAAGUGAGCAGGAACAAGAUCCGGAUAGGAUAAAGAUACACGAAGGAAAAAUCGGAGGUAAGGAAGACACAUGGCACAUAAGGGAAGCGGGUGCCUCUAUCCAACUUUGCAGUGAGGCUAUCCAACAUCCCUUGCCAUUUACAUGUAGAUGCUUACUGUGGAACCCCAGAAUCCUCUCCCCACCCAUUGCUAAUGAUGAGAUAUUGGUUAGCAGUGUUAUUGAACUAUCUCAUGAUGGCCCACCAGAUCUGGAGUACAAGGAAAGUGUUGAAGGAACAAGAUUUACAGUAGCUUUGUUGCACAGUGCCCCAAAUUUGGAGGGGUAUGAGGUGGUUAUCAAGCAACUGAUUGACCAAGAGAACAAUGAAUGGAAGGAAUUGAAGACAGAGAAUACUUGGCAUGGAUCAGAAACUUCAACAGUUCCCCAGUGGCUUUUCCCAUUUGCACAAGCUGUUUGUACAAAAUCAGCAGUUUCUUCAUUUGCUGCAAUCUGGCGUCCUAAGUCUUUCACCUUUUCAAGAGGUACUGCAGUAGGUCCGGAAUUGACCUGUAUUGUGCCUGAAUUUCCUGAUGUCAGUGUCCAAAUUCCUCAGAGUUGUGUGCCUGUCAAUCAAGAUUUCUGUGUCACAAUCAAGGUACAAGAAUUCCCAAGCAGUGAGCUAAAAGGAGAGGGAGGACUUGUCGGUCCAGUUCUUUACAUUUCAAGCUCUCAAAAUGUUACUCUCAUCGCGCCUGUAACAAUAAGGAUUCCUCUUACCCUCCGUAGAGGAAAGCAAGAGCCAGCAGAGUUAUGUCCUGGUGAACUGAGGAUAUUACACUGUGAGUCUCUAGUUGAACCACAUGACUGGAAAGACAUUACAGAUCAAUUGGAUGAACCGCCACGUCUUCUAAAUGGGAAAGCGCAAUUCAAAGUUAGACAUUUCUCUGG